CCAGCAGAGUUGACGGUGCCUUAAAAGGGCAGGAAUAUUAUUUCGGCUCCUGGCAAUAGUGGGACUGCUGAAACAGGCCCGUCUCCUUCAGAUCUCCCUCUGGAGCCCAGCAGAGUGCCACGCCAUAGAAGCAGCUAUCACUCGUUCCGGAGGUCCAGGCCUUGAGUCAUUGUUCGCCCGUGUGUGCGGAGUGGCGGCUCAGCGAUUCGGUGCGUUGCUCCGAGACCUGCAGAGAGGGCGGCAUGCGGCGUUCCUCCCAGCAUCUCCAGAUGGGGGCGCUGUCAGAGCAGUAGCGUUGAGACGGAGGAGGGCGUGACCUACCCACAGUGCACCGAGGUGCGCGGCACUCGAACCCCAGCGCCGCCCUCAGCCUCCUUGAGAGUCUCGUCAGCACUGGAGGGAAAGGCAGGUUGGUACUGAGGAAGUGCCUUUCCUGAGGUCUGCUGCUGCUUGGACCUGCUUCUAGAACACUCUCUGCUUCUCGCCCCGCUUCGCUGCCAGCGCGCUGGAGAGGACAGCCCUCACCUGAAGCCCCGCCCAUCUGUACCUGCCUGCUGCCCGCCUCCCCGCCCCGCUACAGCGCUGAGCUCGCCCACGCUGCCGGCCCGCCGCACAGCCACACCUGACACAGCCGUGAGGGACUUUUUCGGAGCCUCCUUCAUCUGUGCCGGGCGAGCAGGAACCCGCGGGACUGCACCGCAUCACUCCAGACUGAGCGGAUCGAGCACCGAGCCGUGCCGCCAAAACCCGUCAGCCAUUUGGUCGUGUCGUUUCGACCACCAUCAGCAGAGCCUGGGCCCGAGCGCCGGUUCUAGAGUCGUCUGGUUUGUGAGAGAGGUACCGCCCACUGGUGGAACCUUCACCUAAUUCAUUGCUCUCCAAGGGGACGGAGACGCCAACCCGAGCCACAGCCCGCCUUUCUGCAGCUCCUCCCAGCUCAGCUUUUUUUUUUUUUUUUCAUCUCGGACAAUUUUAGCAUCGACUGACAAACAAACAAACAAGCAAACACGCAAACAACUAACCAAACAAACCAACUAAGCGAGCCACACGGACCGCCUGUUGCCUAUUGGAUCUGUCUUUGCCGUAAACCAAUCCGUCUGCCCCGCUCGUGUCACCAUGGCGAUAAACGUGGCGCACAUGCGGGACACCAAGUGGCUGACGCUAGAGGUGUGCCGGGAGUUCCAGAGGGGCACCUGCUCCAGGUCGGACGUGGAAUGUAAAUUUGCGCACCCUGCCAAAAGCUGCCAGGUGGACAACGGGAGGGUCAUCGCUUGCUUCGACUCCUUAAAAGGCCGAUGUUCUAGAGAGAACUGCAAGUACCUGCACCCUCCUCCGCACUUGAAGACUCAGCUGGAGAUAAAUGGGAGGAAUAACCUGAUCCAGCAGAAGAACAUGGCCAUGCUGGCACAGCAGAUGCAGCUGGCCAAUGCCAUGAUGCCAGGGACGCAGCUGCAGCCGGUGCCCAUGUUCUCGGUCACUCCGAGCCUGGCCACCAGCCCCAGUGCUGCGGCGGCCUUCAGCCCGUACCUGGGCCCCAUGUCGCCUGGCCUGAUGCAGGCGGAAAUCCUGCCCAGCGCCCCCGUGCUGGUGACCGGCAGCCCCAACGUCCCCGUCCCCGCAGCUGCUACGGCCGCCGCCCAGAAACUCAUGAGGACAGACAGGCUGGAGGUUUGCAGGGAGUACCAGCGGGGUAACUGUUCUCGGGGUGAGACGGACUGCCGGUUCGCCCACCCUGCCGACAGCACUAUGAUUGACACCAACGACAACACGGUGACGGUGUGCAUGGACUACAUCAAGGGCCGCUGCUCCCGGGAGAAGUGCAAGUACUUCCACCCCCCGGCCCACCUGCAGGCCAAAAUCAAGGCCGCCCAGCACCAAGUCAACCAGGCUGCUGCCGCGGCAGCCAUGACUCAGUCGGCUGUCAAAUCACUGAAGCGACCCCUCGAGGCAACCUUUGACCUGGGAAUGCCGCCCGCCGUCAUGCCACCCUUACCAAAGAGACCUGCGCUUGAAAAAACCAAUGGUGCCACGGCCAUGUUUAACGCUGGCAUGUUCCAGUACCAACAGGCCCUUGCCAACAUGCAGUUUCAGCAGCACGCUGCCUUUAUACCAUCAGUUCCCAUGAUGCACGGUGCUACGCCAGCCACUGUGUCUGCAGCAACCACAUCUGCCACAAGUGUUCCCUUCGCAACCGCCACAGCCAAUCAGGACUCUUCCUUAUCAAAGUUGACUACCCACGAAUACAUGCAGUUGAUUCCAAUAAUAUCUGCAGAUCAUCUGACUAGUCACAAGUAUCUGACUCAGAUGUAGGAGUUCCAUUAGAACAAUCAUAUGAGAGUGUGCGAUGAGAGUGUGGGAUGGACAGGAACAAGCUCCGCCUCUCAGCUGGUGUUCCAUCCCAGGUCAUGCAUGCUAACUUCACGGGGGGAGCGAGGCGGAGGACAUGUGUAGGCCCCAUACACACGCCACCUUUACAUACUGUGUCUCCAGCCAACCCUUCGGCUGAGGCAAACUGUGUUGUUUACAUUACUGUCUGCCUUUCUAUUUGCUGUGGGUGGCAUGCAUCUACACAUGUGUGUUGGACACAAAAGAAAAAAAAAUGUACUUAAAAUCCUCCAACAUACACGUGCAAUGCCGCAGGGUUGACUGUUGGUGUUGCCGUGUCUAAAUGUACACAGUAUUGGUACGUCAGUAGACCAAGAAAUAUUUCUUUUUUCUUUGUUUGAUUUCAAUUGAUAGAUUUUUUAUGGUUUACAAAAGAACACUGAUGCACCUUGUGUUUAAAAUAAAAACAGAAAAACUUACAAAGUAAAAAAAAAAAA